AUGGCAUCCUCCUGCGCCGCGCUGCUGGCAGCCAAUCCUGAGGCCUGGCGCGGCGCCAUCGAGCACCCAUUCCUGGACGAGUGCCAGAGCGGUGCCAUCCGCGAGGCGCAGUUCAACGCCUGGCUGGUGCAGGACGGCCGCUUUGCGACCGAGUUCACUCGGUUUGCCGGGUCCAUGCUCACCAAGGCGCCUGCUGCCAGGCUGGACCUGCUCCUGGGCGGGCUGGGGGCCCUCAAGGACGAGCUGCUGUGGUUUGCAGCGACCGCGGCGAAGCGCGGGCUGCCGCCGCCGCCGGGCGCCCCGCCCCACCCCGCCUGCCAACGCUACCUCCAGUUCAUGGAUAAUGCGGCGAAGCAGCCGUACGCUGUGCACGCUGUGGUCUUCUGGGCCAUCGAGCGCUGCUACUGGGAGGCCUGGAGCUCCCACCUGCCCAUGCGGGAGCCCUACCACUCGUUUGCGCUGCGCUGGGGCUCCCCCGAGUUUGGGGCUUAUGUGGGGGAGCUGGAGCAGAUGGCGGAUGAGGCCCUGGCUGCUGGAAGCGAGGCGGAGAGGGUGGAGGCAGCUGCUGUGUUCCUUAAGGUGUGCCAGCUGGAGCGCGAGUUUUGGGCGAUGGCCUACAGCGAGGGGAAGUGA